CAUUUUCCUACACCUCCCUUACCUCACAACCAUCCUAACAUGUCAGAAAGCAACACUCCCCAAUCCAGCAUAUCGUUCAAGAAGUCAUCACGAUCGGAGACGUCGAGCACGGCCAAACCCGCCGAUACCUCCGUUAAGCUUUCUACCAAACAGAGACGGAUGGCGCUCAAGGAGUUUUACAAACAGGCCAAACAGGGGGCCUCAGAGACACAGCCUGUUGAAACAAAUAACUAUGCACAAAUAUCUGCCAACUUUGAUGCCUUUGUUAGGGACUCGCCGCUUAAACAAAUGCUCGCGGUGCAAAACGAGAUCACCAGCAGCCUAAAUGGAAACCAAUCGGAGAUAAAGUCUAUUGUCUACAACAACUACUACGAUUUGAUUAAGCUCAAUGAGUUUUUGACAGGCCAGGAUGAAAGUGAGGAACCACCGUUUGACAUGGCGUGUUUAGAGAGCUUGGAAGCCUUGGUAGAUGAGAUCCAAGGGAUCGACACCGCCAUUGCAUACUAACCGAGAAGACGGAUAUUUCGGAGAGUAUUAAGACCUAUACAGCGCUGAUUUAUGGCUACCCAGCAAGGUGGUAACCCCAUGCCAGCUAGUGGACCGGAGGUAGCGCAGCCAUGCGCUUCGAAACUGAGUCCUUGAGCUAUGGACGGAAUUACUUGUAUAAUGCUGCGAUAACUGCGGGGUGAUAAUAUUGAUUAUGUAUAGUAUCAGCUCCAGGCUAGGUAAACCUGGGAAUGAUCCAUUCUCUGGAGUCCAAGCUACCCUCGCUAUGAAUUUAGGAUGGUUUGCAUAUUGGAAGUUGAUCAUACACUCUAAUGGAAUAACUGUAGCUUUUAAUACAUUAAUCUUUACCGCAAGAG